AUUAGGUUGUAUUGAUGAUCACAGAGGGUUUUGGUCCCCACUGGCCCCUCUCACAACUGCUUCCAGUUUCCAAAAGACCAGUAUUUGGCAAAAACCCAAGCUUUUUCUUUGGGUUUUGUGUAAUAAUUUGACCACCAUAAUUUUGGGUUUUCUUCAUUCUCUACUUUUUGAUCAUCUCUCUUCCAAAUUUCCAUUUUUUGCUUCAAAGUUUGAAACUUUGAGUGGAAAGGAGUGAGAGAUGUUGGAUUACUAUGAGCAGCUUGCUUCCAGGCCUUCUUACCAUGAUUCUCUCAAGGUUCUUGAGGCAGAUAUUCAGCAUGCCAAUAUGCUGGCAGCUUCCAUCCCCCGAAGCAAGGGUGGUACGGUUCUUCAAAUGAAAUUGGUUUACAGUGACUUGGCACACAUUUUCCUGUUUUUGCUUCAAUGGAUUGAUUGCUCGUCUUCGUGUUUAUUUUCAAGUUACUUAAAUCUUUUCCACAUAAUUGUAUAUAAGGUACGCUCAGAUGGGAGAUCAAAUAUCUCUUCAUGUGGAAGGAAAGCUACCAUCAGCGAAUUUUACAAUGUUAUAUUGCCGUCCCUUCAGUGUCUCCACGGUGAUUCAUUGGAGAUGGAUACCACCCAAGAGGAAGCUCUAGAGAUGGCUGCGAGGAAACCAUAUGAGGAUAAGAUAAAGCUUUCAGAUGUGGACUUGGAGAGAGAAGCUGAAUGUGGCAUCUGCUUAGUACCUUGCACCAAAAUGGUUUUGCCAAACUGCUGCCAUGCAAUGUGCAUUAACUGCUACCACGACUGGAACAUAAGAUCGGAAUCUUGCCCGUUUUGCCGGGGAAGUCUAAAAAGAGUGAACUCAGGGGACUUGUGGGUUCUGACCUGCGGUAGCGAUGUGGUUGACACUCAAACCGUGUUGAAGGAAGAUAUGUUGCGGUUCUAUCUUUUUAUCAACAGACUGCCCAAAGAUCUCCCGGAUGCGUUGUUCUUAAUGUAUUAUGAGUACUUAAUUUGAUCAAACAUGGCGUAUAGAGAGAGGCGAUUGUAAGAUUAAAACUUAUCAAAAAUAUAAGUUAAGAGAUUAACCAUCACGAGUACAUAGUCCAUUUAGGUUUUAACAUCGUAAAUUUCAUUUCCACUUCACCCCAAGCAAAAUAAUGUAUAUGCUUUGUGUAAGAGACAGAAAUAUAUAUCAGACGAGUCACCUCUUUUCUUAUGCAA